AUGGUCAUGCUGACUAGUAUUCUGGUCGCUUUAUUGCUCAUUUUAAUCAUUGCUUAUGGAUGGCAUAUUCAUCAAGCUUAUAGCUUCUUCACUCGUCUUGAAAUUCCUGGUCCACCACCACGAUUUUUUUUCGGUAACUUCUUGGAUAUUCUCAAAAGCAAACGCUUUUCAUUAUCGAUUCAAGAAUGGACUGAGAAGUAUGGACGUAUAUUUGGCUACUUUGAAGGACAUACACCUGUUCUUGUCAUUGCCGAUCCAGACAUUUUACAAGAUGUAUUCAUCAAAUCGUUCUCUAAAUUUCAUUCGCGUCGCGAUUAUUCAUUUGAUGAUCCUAAAUCAAAAAACAUUCAUCUAUUUACUGCUACCAAUCUUCGUUGGAAAAGACAAAGAUUUGUCAUAAACCCAACAUUUUCAUUUUCAAAACUCAAGCAAAUGUCCUCAUUGAUCAAUCGAACUGUCGAUAGCCUCAUGAAAAAAUUAGAUGAACAACAUCGACAUGGUGAAUCAUUUGACAUCUUUGGUUUUUUUAAACGUUUUACAAUGGACACAAUUUGGUCAUGUGGUUUCGGUAUAGAGGCAGAUAUGCAAAAUAACCCAAACAAUCCAUAUCUUAUCCAGUCACAACGAGUACUGAGCAAAGAAAAUUGUGUAUCGAAACUGUUAAUUUUAUCUCUUUUCAUGCCUGAGCUUAAAUGGUUCUGGAUGAAAUUUCAUCAAUGUGAUUCUACCAUUCGAUAUUGGCUUCAACAUUAUCUACCUGUCACGCGAAGAUUGAUCAGUGAUGAUCCACAAAUAUGGAUUAAAAGACAGGCAGAACAAUUGAUCAAACAACGUAUCAAAUUAGGCCGCACAGAUCGAAUGGAUCUGUUGCAAUUGAUGCUUGAAUCAGUUUCGGAUGACGAUUUCAUUGAAGUACGAAGUUUGUUUUAUUUCUAA